UAUCCGGUAACUUUGAAGUAGCGGUCGGCAUUCAGAGCAGUUGCAUCAUUACAGCCGUUUGGCAUCGUUACUGCUUCAAUUAUUAUUAUUACAGGUAUCAUCUUAAGAAUCAGCGGUGAAAUGUGUGGGAUCUGGGCUUUGUUCGGCAGUGAUGAGUGCCUGUCGGUUCAGUGCACGAGUGCCAUGAAGAUCGCUCACAGGGGCCCCGACGCCUUCCGCUUCGAAAACGUCAAUGGCUUCACCAACUGCUGUUUCGGCUUCCACCGGUUGGCUAUCGUGGACCAGCUGUACGGCAUGCAGCCCUUGCGCAUCAAGAAGUUUCCCUUCUUGUGGCUGUGCUACAACGGAGAGAUUUACAACCAUCAAACGCUGAAGAAGCAGUUUGAGUUUGAUCACCAGACCAAAGUGGACGGCGAGAUCCUGCUCCAUCUGUACGACCGCUUCGGCAUCGAGAAGAUGGCGACUCUCCUGGACGGCGUCUUUGCUUUUGUUCUGCUGGACACUGCCAACAGGAAAGUGUUUCUGGGAAGAGACACGUACGGCGUGCGGCCUCUGUACAGACUCCUCACGGACGACGGAUUCCUCGCAGUCUGCUCGGAGGCGAAAGGCCUUAUAGACAUAACUCAUGCGAUGACCACCCCCGCCAACAUCACGCCUUUCCUGCCCGGGCACUUCGAGGUCUUCGAUUUGAAGCAGAACGGCAAAGUUCAGUCGGUUCAGAUGGACGAGUUUCACUGCUGCACCAAGGAGCCCGCUCAUGCUAACUACGAUACGGUGGAGAGGCUGCCUACAAGUUUCGAGGAGGAAACGGUGAAAAGCAACAUCAGAAUGCUGUUUGAGAACGCCGUGCGGAAACGUCUCAUGGCUCACAGGAGAAUCGGAUGUCUUCUGUCAGGUGGUCUGGACUCCAGUUUGGUUGCUGCUACUCUGGUGAAGCUGGCCAAGGAGGAGAAGGUGCAGUAUCCUAUUCAGACGUUUUCAAUCGGCUCGGAGGGCAGUCCAGACAUCAUCGCUGCACGCAAGGUCGCUGCUCACAUUGGCAGCGAGCACCACGAGGUGAACUUCACUGCAGAAGAAGGUAUCCAGGCUGUGGAGGAGGUCAUCUUUCACCUGGAGACCUACGACAUCACCACCAUACGUGCCUCAGUCGGAAUGUACCUGGUUUCCAAGUACAUCAGGGAGAAGUCGGACAGUGUGGUGAUCUUCUCUGGAGAGGGAGCCGACGAGCUGACUCAGGGAUACAUCUACUUCCACAAAGCACCGACUCCCUCGGCUGCUGCAGAGGACAGCGUCCGUCUGAUGAAGGAGCUCUACCUGUUUGAUGUCCUCCGAGCUGAUCGCACCACUGCUGCACACGGUCUGGAGCUCAGAGUGCCUUUCCUGGAUCACAGACUCACAGCGUACUACCUCUCUCUGCCCGACGACAUGAAGACUCCUAAGCACGGAGUGGAGAAACAUCUUCUGAGGGACUCCUUCAAAGGUCUCAACCUGAUCCCCGAUGAGAUCCUGUGGAGGCGCAAAGAGGCCUUCAGCGACGGGAUAAUGUCCGCGAAGAAGUCCUGGUACACCUGCCUGCAGGAGCACCUUGAGUCUAUGGUCAACGACGACCAGAUGGAGAGGGCUCACAAGACGUUCCCUCACGUCCCCCCGCGCUCCAAAGAGGCGUACUACUUCAGACAGGUGUUUGAGAAGCAGUUCCCCGGCCGCGCCGAUUGGCUGCCACAUUACUGGAUGCCGCGCUGGAUCAACGCCACCGACCCGUCGGCCCGGACCCUCUCCAUCUACAAACCGGACAAAGAUGAAUGAACGGCGGCUGCCAGUCCGUACGUUAGGUCCUCUACGCGCCUUCUACAUGUGUCAUACUUAGCUUUGAUUUGAUCUCAGAUUAGGUCGGGUUUAUUGGGAUUAGUUGUCGUACAUGAUACCAAGUUUGUCACACUGCGAUGGAGUUUGUUGGACUUACCGUUAAAAGUCAGCCUCCCGGUUGGGGGAGUUGUUUCAGUUUAUUUGAGUCUGCGAUCAAACAAUUUCCCCGAAUAAGAAAAAUCCAAAAGGUGCAAGAAGACGCUUUUAUAAUACCUAACCCCUUUUAUAUAAUAUGUACCUACAGGCAACCCUCUUACCUCUUCAUCUGAGUUUGAGAAGAAUGAAACAAAAACUUAAUACUCAACAAUCUAAACACUUUUUUACAGAAUUACAGGGAAUAAAAUCGUAACUUUGCAAGAAUAAAGUCAUAAACAGCGCCCUUAUUCAGACGGCUUCUUUUACAAAAAUGUCGUAACUAAGCUCAGCCGUCAUCACGUCUUUGUACUGUCAUGUUGAUUCCUGGACGUGGUAAUAUUCCUGUCCCAGUCGGUGGGUUCAUUUUGUUUUUCAGCGUUGUGGAAGCACAGUUGAAGCUCCACAUAUGCACACACACACACACACACACACACACACACACACACACACACACACACACACACACACACACACA